UUCUAUCGCUCAUCAUUUUCCCUCUCAUUUUUUCCCAACCUUUGGAGGGAAAAACACCCGGAAACUCCAAAUCCAAAAAGCCCGUGCUCACACUGGUAGACAGAAUCUAUGUGGUUUUUGUUCCUCGAGUUCCACUCUUCUCAUUUUCUGAAACCAAUUUACCGUUCCUUUUUUUUUCCUGAUUACCGGAAAGAUAUUAUCAUGAAACAUGACGACUUUUGUUGAGAAGCUGUAUUUUGAACUGUUCCACUGAAGCCAAGGUGGUAUUGAUAGUCAUUUCAAAGUUGGAGUCUUCUUCCCAUAUAGAAUAGAAUGCAAACAAAGAAAAAGUCUGGAGGAAGUGCCCUUCAAGAGCAUGCCAAUCCCAGGGUUUCAAGAGCUCGGCAGAAGGCAUCUGAAAAUGUACAAGCUGUAGAAAAAGAAGUUAAAGACUUGAUUACAUCUUCAGCUAGAAAGCAGAGACUUGCUGGUGCUGUUCCCAAGAAGAGGGAGCCUGUUUUGGCAACAGGUUUAAAUGAUAAUUAUGAGUUGUUGCGUAGUGAGGCUUCUGAUGUCUGUUUGGGGCAUGAUGGGGUUAAUGGUUCCUCCAUGGAUUGUAAGAGUUGCAGUGAGGAAACUGCUCAUUGCAUGAUGGACACCAUAUUUUCUCCAAACUUUCACAUUUCUAAACAUGUUGUGGGGGAUAUUCCAAAUAGAGUUGAUUUUGUCCAAUACUUCAGGACUGGAGACCAGGUUGAUGUGUUGAAUGUUCAUAUUGAUCAAGAAACUUCCAAAUCCAUUGUUGGGGAAGAGAAGAAUUACACCAAGAACACUAUGACUUCAAUAACAUUCCCAGUUGAUAUGGAAGUAGAUGCAAGAGGGUCAUCCGGAAUUUUGAAUUCAGAGAAACAUGGAUAUCAGAUGAAUUCAAUUGGUAGAAAUGUAGAUUCUUGUUGUGAUGUGGAUUUGGAUGGAGCAAGUCUUCCAUCUGAAGUUUCAUCUAUAUAUCUUGCCAUGCAAAGUUCUAAGCUUGAAUGUGUUGAUGAGCACGGUCACGAUUCUAUGUCAACUGAUGUUUAUGUGGAGGAUGAUCAAUAUGAGGAAUUUGAUGACUUCGAUCCUUAUGUUUUCAUAAGGAACUUACCAGACUUAUCAUCAGUUGUCCCAACUUUUCGCUCCAUGCUACUACCAAAACAAACACGGAGUUGCCCUCCUACUACUCUUGUUUUGGACUUGGAUGAAACUUUGGUGCACUCCACACUAGAACCUUGUGAUGGUGCAGACUUCACAUUUCCUGUUAGUUUUAAUCUCCAAGAGCAUACAAUCUAUGUUCGAUGCCGUCCUCAUCUCAGAGAUUUCAUGGAGAGAGUUUCCAGCCUUUUUGAGAUUAUUAUAUUUACAGCUAGUCAAAGCAUUUAUGCAGAGCAGCUACUUAAUGUGCUUGAUCCGAGGAGAAAGGUGUUUCGUCAUCGUGUUUACCGUGAGUCCUGUGUUUAUGUGUAUGGAAAUUACCUCAAAGAUUUGUCAGUUCUUGGUCGUGAUUUGGCUCGUGUUAUCAUAAUCGACAACUCUCCACAGGCAUUUGGGUUCCAAGUCGACAAUGGAAUACCAAUUGAAAGCUGGUUUGAUGAUCGCUCAGAUAAAGAACUGCUUUUAUUGCUUCCAUUUUUGGAGAGCCUGGUAGGAGUCGAAGACGUCCGGCCAUUGAUUGCAAAGAAAUUCAACCUUCGGGCGAAAAUAGCAGCUGCAGUUUGUCCUCUAAACUCAACUAGAGGAGAUCCUUAUGAAAGAUGAGCUUCAAUGUGAAUUCGUUUAUACGGUUUGUAGCUACUGUACUGGCUUUUGUCCUGCAUUGUUGGACUGUUUCUCUAACCCAAUUGUACUCAAUAUGAAGUUGAUUUCAACCAGGAAAAAAGAUGCGAUAAGAGGAUGUAAUCAAACCAACAGCUCAAAACCUUGUAUACAAGGAAGAUGGCACUCAGUACUGCUCCAUGGACGAAUUAGCUUGACAAUAAGUAUUCUCAACUUUUUAACUUAUAUAUGUAUUAUGUUGGGAAGAUGAUGAAGUUUGUAAUGAUGAAAACUUGGUCUUUGAAGACUGGUAAGAGGUAAUUUGAUUUUAAUAAAGUGGAAACUGUAAGUUUUAUUUACC